AUGCACAUCUCAGCCAAGUCCAUACUUGGCCUCGUCACCCUUGGCUUGCUCUCAGUAGCAAAUGCAUCGGUACAGGAUUUUGAGCUCAUGGUCCCUCGCACAUUCACCAACGCCGAUGGCACUACUUCAACAAUACGCAUGAACCGCAACACCAAGUUCACCCAGGGAUCAGAAGGUACACGGCCAGUUCGCCUAUCAAAAAGAUUCCCCUUCUCUUCCGGUAGAGACGAGUGGUGCGGAGAGAUGGCCGAGGACCCAGCGACAGAUUUCUCAGCUUCCGCUCCGCUGGCAGCAGACUGCCAGGCACUCGCCAGCUCUCUCAGCAGUCAGAAUGGAUUUUGGACUUUGCAGCCCGGAGACUUCUCUUCCAACGGAUGGGCUACUGUAGUGAGCUCCGGAACUUGCAGCUUUGCCGUCAGAUAUGCCGAUUCUGGCAGCGCGGCUAGCCCUAUGAACGUUGGCACGAACGAUAUCCGCUUCUACACGACGAGAUAUGGUGUCAUGGCACAGAAUGGAAAGCUCGGGCUGCAAGGGACUGUGCAGUGUUACAACAAUCAGAAGAUGCUGUUUGUUACUUGGGGUUUAACUCAUAGCUGA